AUGUCGAUUUGGGGUACAGUCAUUCCAUCUGUGCCCACUUUGUUUUUGAUGCAAAAACUCGAGGAGCGCUGCCUCCUCUUCGGACGUCCAACGAGCUGGCUCUUUGCGAUUGGAAAUCUUGCCUUUCCCCUUAGCUUAGGCGUGCUGGCAUUCCUUGCCAAAGGUCAUUCCGACCUCAAAAAGAUCGUCAUUGCCAUCACUCCUUCUGUAUACGGUCUCAUCCCGCCGACCGAACUUUCCACCCAAGAGCGCGCUAAUUGGAUUGAAGAAGCUGCUGCAGACUUGCUGGAUAAAUCGAAAUAUUUGCGUGGCAGGAAGGAUGAACUUGGGAAGACUAAAAAUUUCGCUCACCCUGGACUUCGCAAAGUCAUCAUUAUUUUCAUCUACAUAGGGUCUUAUCGCAUCGCUCAUAGGCGACCAGACAUCUUUUGCAAGCAGGUACCACUAAAGUGCUUAGCUCUCGUCGCUACAGCAUUCAACUGUAUCCUUGAUGGCCUCAGAAAAAACGGCAAUGGGAAGACUUACCCCAACUUUUCCUCGAAGGAUUACCUGUCCAUCUACAAGAGAAUGCUGGCACUGCUUGAAGACAUCAUGAACAACCCUUACCAUGGCCUGAAAUUGGUGCAGCAGCUUGGUCAAUGGGCUGAAGCUGGAUGGUAA